AUGAUAUUGAAGAUCUGGGUAUCCCCGCCCGGCCAAAGAUCUGAUUCCGACAGCGAGGAUGAGGAAGAUGCUGGGGGGAAGUCCGCCGCGGCCGUGAAGCCUGCGCAGAAGAAACCCGCAGCAUCCUCCGACUCCUCCGAGGAUUCAGACUCGGAGAGUUCGGACGCGGAGGACGCGGCGGCGUCGAAGAAGAAGGUCGUCAAGAAACAGCCCGUGAAGCCAGCUGCUGCGAAGAAGAAGGCCGCCUCCUCCGGCUCCUCUUCGUCGAGCGAGGAUAGCUCCUCAGAUGAUUCGUCCGACGAUGCGGCCAAGGUCAAGGCCAAGGUCACGCCCGCCAAGGUCGCGCCGGCGGCCAAGGGCAAGAAGGAGAGUUCGUCUUCGAGCGAAGACAGUAGCAGCGAGGAAGAGGAGGUGAAGAAGAAACCGACAGCGGCGCCCCCUGCCGGCAAGAAGGUCGCUGCCGCCAAGAAGGAGUCUAGCUCUUCGGAUGAUUCCUCCGAUUCUUCGUCGUCGGAAGAGGAGGAGAAGAAGGAGAAGGCAACGAAGAAGACGCCAGCUGCGGGGAAACCGGUGGCUGCGGCGAAGAAGAAGAAGAAGGAAGACAGUUCGAGCUCGGAGGCGGAUAGCUCGAGUUCGUCGGAGGAGGAGGAGGCUGCGGCGGCGACGAAGAAGAAACCCGCAGCGGCGCCACCUGCUGGCGGUGCGCAGAAGAGGAAGCGAGACUCGAGCAGCAGCGGCGAUUCUAGUUCCUCUUCCGAAGAGGAGGAGGAGAAGGAGAAAGAGAAGCCCUCACCCGCAAAGAAAGCCAAGCCCGCCAAAUCAUCGUCGUCGUCGGAGGAGGAUUCGUCUAGUAGCGAAGAGGAGGAGGAGAAGGUGGGCAAGGGGAAGGCCGUAGCCGGGAAGGUUCCUGCCAAACCCGCGCCGAAGAAGAAGAAGGAGGAGUCGAGCGAUUCUUCUUCCGGAAGCGAAGAUUCAUCCUCGGAGGAGGAAGAGGAAGCCGCGAAACCCAAGCCGCCGGUGGCGAAACAAGGAGCCAAGAAACCCGCCGCAAAGAAGGCGGCCAAGAAGGAAUCUUCCUCUUCCUCCGCUUCCAGCAGCGAAGAGGAGGAAGAGGAGAAGAAACCGGCGACGAAAAAGACGCCGGCAGCGAAGGCGAAACCCGCGGCGAAGAAAAAGAAGGAGGAAUCGUCGAGCUCCGAAGACAGCAGUUCUGAGGAGGAGCCCGCGGCUCCCCCUGCAGGAAAGAAGGCGGCGGCGGCGCCCCCUACAGGAAAGAAGGCGGCGGGGAAGAAAGCCGAGUCGAGUUCCGAGGACAGCUCUUCCUCCUCUUCGGACGAGGAGGAGAAGGUCAAGGGGAAGGUCGCAAGCAAGCCCGCUGCGGCGACGGCAGCGACGAAGAAGAACAAGAAGAAGGAUUCCUCCAGCUCAGAUUCGAGUUCCGACGAGGAGGCGACAGCGGCGCCCCCUAAGUUCCCGACGAAGCGAGCGCAGCUGGCGGCGGGCAAGAAGGCCGGGGAACCGAGCAGCAGUAGCAGCGAGGAGAGCUCCGACGACGAACCGGCGCCCCCUGGAGGCGGCGCCGCCGCCGCGAAGAAACCCGCGAGUUCGUCCGACGACUCGUCUUCGUCGUCCGACAGCGACGACGCGCCGAAGUCGACCUCGACGCCGGCGGCGCCAUCUGCAGGCGCAAAGCGGAAACGCGGGAAGGCGGCGGCGGGGAGUUCGAGCGAGGAGUCGUCGUGGUCGAGCGACGAGGUGUCGGCGGCGAAGCGCGCGAAACAAGGGGCUAGCAAGAAACCGGGCGCCGGGUCGUCUUCGGAGUCCAGUUCGUCGUCGGAAGAGGAGGAGGAGGCGGGGAAGCGAGGGAAAGACGCUAGCGCCCUCGGUGGAGGCGACGGGAAGGCGGUGACUCCGCUCGUCAACGGACUGCCGAAGUCCGCCAAAGGUGACAAAUCGACGCCGUUCAGAAGGGUAAACGUAGACAGGGUAGAAGUUGAUUGCAGACUCACCAACAAUUCGUUCGAAGCGAAGAUGGGCUCGUCGGGAGACUGGGGCGAACGAGCAAACCGUGACCUCAAGCACACGAAGGGGAAGUCGUUCAGACACGAGAAGACGAAGAAGAAGCGAGGAUCGUACCGAGGCGGCACCAUCAGCACGCAAGUCAACUCGAUACGAUACGACGACUAACCGUCGCCACGGCGACCGUCGAGACAAUCGCGCGUCGGCCGGUUGGCGCAGCCGCGCUAGCUCCGAGAAGCGUCGCCGCGCGCGAUCGAUUGCGCGAUCGAUGCUGGGUGGAGGUCGGAUGGUUGGUGCCGGAGUCGGGAUGUGAGGGGAUCUAGGAUGCGAUGAGGGUGUCGCGCGGGGGCAAGGGGCUAAAUAUAACAAGGAGAGGAAGCGGAUUGGCUGUGUGCUUUUCGCCUCACGGACGCCAUCUUUGGACCAUAAUCAGCUGAGACGGCUGUGCAGUGCGAACCCAGAGACAAUAGAACACUAAUCUGUUCUAGGCCUAUAAUGACCAAAUAUGCAACGAAGAUUUGGGCUAGAUGUGGCGGCGCUUCCUCUCCUUGUUAUAUUUAGCUCCUUGGCGCGGGGGGGAUUGUUAUAGAGUCUCGGGUGGGAAGUGGCGGGUGUUCGCGUUUUUGCGGUUUCUGUAAUGAAAGUGUACCUCUCCCUCUUCCUCCUCCCUUCCCCUUAUCUUCUCCUGACUGCCUCUCUCCCCUUGCUCUCUCAUUCCAUUCCUCUUUCCUUUCCUUCCCCUUUUUUGUUUCUUGCCUUUCCCCUUUUUCCUUCCCUCUCCCCUCCUUCUGUCUCUCUUUCUCUCCCUCUCUUUCUCUCCCUCUCUCUCUCCCUCUCCCUCUC